CGUGAUCCUGUAAGCUACGCUACGCGUUGGAGUGAUGCCAUGGCGUCCACCUUGAAUAUCUACAGAGUCCCAGGCAGAACUCUUUCCAUCCUGCCAUGCGCCUCUAUAGAGGGCGGCUGCGAGCUUCAUCGUUUCGGGCGGAAUCAGCCUUGUCUAGAGGCUGCUACAUCAACCGAGAUCCCCUCGAAUCCACCGGCUACUACGGCAUCAGUUCUUUUACCGAAACUGUCAAAGAGGUCAUCGACGUUUCUACGUUUGUCAUCUCCAACUGUUGCAUCUCUCAGGAUUCCUUGGAUUACUCUUCGGUCUACGAAGACGAGUCAAAAUGCGGAUGCAAAAAUUCCACCCCUUCUUACUCUCCCCGUCGAGCUACUCCAGGCAAUUUCCCUCCUUCUCCCAAACUCUUCUUUCGUGUCUCUCACCCUGACCUGCACGGCUCUCGCUACGGCUCUCGGCACCCGACUUUGGACUUCCCUCACCAAGUCAAAAUAUCUUAACGAUCCCGACGGCGAAGAAGAAUACCACAGCCUCCUCAUCCUCCUCCAACGGGAUCGACCCAGCUAUCGCCUAUGUAAACCAUGCGGCACUAUUCACAGCCCAAGGCACUCCACCAUCUCAAUCCCCCGGAAUGUCUUAACCAAGCGUGACGCGCCGCCAUCAAUUAUUCGGCGCACGGCGCUUUUUUUCCUCGAGCCAGGGCUGUGGGCGGGUUUCUCGUAUCUCAUCAAAGGGAACAGGAUCGAAGUCGCAGCAGAUAUAACAGGUCGGACCCGGCGUCCGGCAUACUGGCUAUCUCAUGCACAUAUUGAAUCAGCGACGGCGAAACGCAUAUGCCUCGCCACACUCUCUUGCAAAGCAAAGUACGCCAUGCCACUCACGCUCUACGAUGAUUCACUUGACGACAUGGACUCUGGUUCUUUAGACACUACGCUCGAGUUUGAAUAUGAGGUUACGCCACUCCGGGGUCGUCGAAACAUACUCCUCUUUCAAACAACCUUCACGUUCCGAUUCGUGACCAAAGACGCAGAUAAUCCCGAACAGAGGCGGCUCGAUACCGUGGGCAAGCAACAUGAGGCCAGCAUCUUCUAUUUCAUGUCGCAAUGUGUGGAUAUGCGACCAUGUGUACAUGCACCGUCGGAUCUUCUUAUCGACGAGGCCAUGUGCCUUCUGUUCCACCAGACAAUGGGAUCGCCGCAUCGGGCUUGUCUAGUCUGCGAUCGGGCGGUUGCAGCGCAUGAAGAACUGAAUGGGUCUGGCUCUGGGCCAAACGAGGCCCCCAUAGGCACAGUCGUAGUAUCUAAUGCUGCAGCACCCAAUAAUGUAGCGCCAAAUGCUGUAGCGACUACGUCUACGACCCCGCCAGCUGCAUCACCUGCAUCCGAUGUAGUUGAAACUAGUCCCAUCGAACUUGGUACAUCUGGGAUCUCUAAAGGCCAGCUGAGAUGGGAAUCCCAACGACGAUCGAAGCAGGAAGACUGGUAUGCACAUCGCUCCUGCGACUGUAUCCAGGACUUUGAAUUGUCUGUGACGGAUGGGGCGCCACAAAAUGGAGAGCCAAACCACCGCAUAGAGAACGUGGAAGUCAAGAUCUGGAAUAUGUUUGGCGAGAGGCCGGGGGAGAGAGAUGCGGCGAUCAGACAGCCAGGGAUGUUGAGGCAGUUGUGGUAUGAUGAGCAAUGGAGCGAUCUGUAUUAAGUAUGCUUCGAGUGAGAUUCAUGACUACGGUAAUUUUACAUCUUCAAUUCAAUAUUUUCAUUGGCCCAGUGGUGUCUGACUGUCCUGUCUACGGUAUCAAAAUGUGCGUGCAGCUGGUGAGUUUCAAGACGACGAGGGCUUUACAUUGUAGGUGUGAUUCUCACUAUAUAUCUGGGGUACUUCAAGAUCCUAUCGACACCCGCAAAGUUCAGAUCUAGGAAGU